AUGUCACGGCUCAUCUACGUUCCACCUACAACUUCGACGCUAUUUGUAGCUGAUUUACGCGAAAAGUUAUCCGAGAAAGGCCUUUCCACUAAUGGAAACAAGAAUGAGUUGGUUGCUAGAUUGACUAGCUCGGAAGAGGGAAAAUUUGAAGCCACAAAUGAAGGUUCUAACAAAAACGCUGCCACAGAUUUAGGUGAUUUAGCUCCUCCCGAAGAUGACAUUGACUGGGGAGAUAUGGACAAUGACGCUGCCGUAGAAGAGUCUUCCAAGCCAUCAGAGGAGGCUCCCAAGACCGAAGGAGAGCCUGCGAAGGUGGAAUCGAAUGAGGAACAACAAAAGGUAGAACCAGCAACUUCUGAACCGAGUGAAAAGCCAGAAAAUACCACUGAGGAAUCAACAACGAAAGAUUCACAAGAUUCACAAGAUUCGGAAAUAUUAUUAGCUGAGCAAGCUAAGCUCGUAGAACGCGCUAAACGUUUUGGUUUACCAAUUGAUGAUGAUAAAAUAAAAAAAGCUGCUCGAGCUAAUCGGUUUGGUGUACAAACCGCUCCUCUCGCUGAACAAAAGAAUGAGGAACAGGAUCGUUCUCAUAAAGGACGUUUAGAUAAGCGGGGAAAGCAAAAGUUUCGCCAGCAGCACCAAAAUCAGCAGGCCGGACAAAAACGCAAAGGCUCGAUUUUGGAAGAUCCUGUUGAAGCCGAAAAAGCCAAGAAACGUGCUGAACGUUUCAGCACACCUGCUAAAAAUUAA